AUGACGAGCACAGCAGCGCGCGUGGCUUUUAUCUCUGGUGGUAGCGGCGGCAUAGGGAAAGCCACCGCUCAUAAACUCGCUAGCCGGGGCAUAUGGACUGUCAUAGUGGACAUGAACGAGCAGGAAGGGAGUACCGUCGCGGAUGAGGUGGCGAAGAAAUGGAAUGUGAAAACCAAGUUUCUCAAGGUCGACAUAACCCAGGAACAGCAGGUCAAAGAUGCCGUCGCAGCAGCCACUGAAUGGACGGGCCGCAUCGACUAUGCGGCCAACUGUGCGGGCAUCUUAUGCUCCUGGUCGACACUCUCGAAUUACUCGGUUUCUGACUGCUAUAGGACGCACGCUAUCAACACCAGGGGCCUAUGGCUUUCACAGAAAUAUCAAGCCUUCCAGAUGAGAACUCAGGAACCCCGACCAAUCUCCUUUGAACCAGCUUGUCCACACAAGAUUCCAGGCCAACGUGGGGCUAUCGCGAACGUUGUCUCAAUUUCCGGCCUCCAGGCUGCUGGACUGGCUGCGUAUACUCCCAGUAAGUACGCUGCGGCUGCAGUGACGAAGAAUGGAGCCAAGUUCUAUGGGCCCGACGGUAUUAGGGUCAAUGCUCUGUGCCCUGGCUGGACAUUGACCAAGAUGAUAGAACAUAGUAUGGGCAAGGAAGGCAUCAUCGGCUCAAAGGAGAACGAAGACUCAGCAGUGAGCAAGGCGAUCGCCCUUCGCAGGAUGGCAUUUGCCGAAGAACAAGCCAACGUGCUCAGCUUCUUGCUCAGCGAUGAAAGCAGCUACAUGAACGGCUCUUUGGUGGUGAACGACGGCGGUUUCCACGAUAUCAGAUAG